AUGCAAACACUCCACCUUGCCAUCAUUGCUGUCUUGUUAAUGACCUUGGCCGUCAUCUCUCAUGGCCAAAACUCCAAGAUUAACAUAAAGACUCCAAAGUAUACUUGCUGUAUGCCUCGUGCUCACACUGUCCACGCCAAAGUCACUAGAAUGGGACUUUCCAACUGUAAUCCAUCAAAUGGUGAUUGUCACUUUGAUGGAAUGAAGAUUAUUCGUGAAAAACACAUGCCAGAUUUCUUCCAUCGUCGUUAUCGUUUAGAUUUACAAAUUGAAGUGAAUGGAAAGGUGGUGAGUGAUGAAACUACAUUAGGUUUCAUGGAUACUUAUCCAUCUAACUUUGGUGUGGAAUAUGUUUUUAACAAAACUACUUGUUCCUGUAAACAAUUGACUAGACAAGCUGCUUACUUGAUGGUUUCAUGUGUUGAUGCUGAUUAUCAAUUGGAAGGACAUGUUGAUAUCGGAAUUAAGAGUGAAGAUCAUAUUAAAUCCCAGAAAUUCGUUCGUACAAAGCAAUUGCACUCCAAUACUACACAAAUUGAUGUGAUGGUCGUUCAACCAGUUCAAACUAAACCCCAACCACUUCCAUAUCCAGAUCCAUAUCCAUCAGAUUAUAAUUGUGCUAUUGUUUAUUCCGAUACUAGAAUUGAAAGUAGAGACACCAAAGGUCAAUUGAAUAAUUUGGAAACUAUUUCAAGUGAAUGUUGGGACUUUUUGCCUUUUAACACUGAUAGUGAUUAUGUGCUUCCAUCUUAUUGUCCAAAAUGUCAUUAA